GGUUGGUCAGUGAAGCCCCAGCCUCCUUCCCUCACCGUCUCCGCCCACCAUGUCACUCCCUGGGCAAUCCCCCCACGUCGUCCGCUUCUACCGUCUCCUCGAGCUCCUUCGACACGAACGCGACCUGGAACCCCGUCUCCUCCCCCACAAUCCGACUGCCUGGCUGGCCUGGGCCCAUGGAAGCCGUUGGCUAUUGCGCAUGCUGUUUGAGUCUCGUAGCAUCGCCGUAGCCUCCGGGGAUAUCUCUCUCCCUUCCGUCCGCCAGACACCAUCCGUGCACGCCCUGAUAGUGUACCUCGACACCAUCUUCGCAACCCUUCCUUCCGAGCAUGCGUCGUCUCUUCCCGAGCCAUACCCCGUCAUCGCCUGGUCACCUAACCGCGUCCUCGCCGAGCAGAGCAUUGCUGAGGAAGGUGCUCCACUCCCGGCCAUUUCCUAUCGCAACAGUCCGCUCGCUUUAUCGAACCAGCGCGCUUCUUCCGUCGGAUGGGACGUCGUCACUGACCAGCUGGAAGCUCUUAGUGAUGCUCAGUGUUCGACCACCGACGCCCUUGACCAGCUCGAUGGUGGGCUAGCCACGCUCUCCGCCGCGGUCCAAGGUAUUCAAGACCAGCUGUCACACGGGCUGUACCUUCCGGACGAUUAUUCCGGAAUUCCUCGUCGUUUAGUCUUCGCCACGUCUAGGGGUUCGGUGGCUCUUAAUCCACGCCCCAUGGGCUUCACGCGUAGCGUUGCUGAUGCUGCUGCUGACCGAGAGGCUGGAGGGUCCGGAAGGAACGGGGACGGAGGGAACGUUCGUAACGCAAGCCCUUCGCUCAACUGACCCCAUGUAGUCGUCCGUAGCACCUUCUGUAACCGUGUGCUUGGCUUAGUUGGAAUGUAUUUGGCCCGUUCGUGUUGUGUUC